GGCACUUACGAACUUGAAAGCAUGCCUUGGCAUUCUGUUGCAUACAAUGGAACUCCAUGGCCGUGCAAGAUCGCUACUCAGUACUUAUCUCUUACAUCGACAUCGACAAAUUGGGUCGCAGCACCUUUCCUACGCGUGAAGCGGACUCAUGGGUUGUUUGAUUCUUACUUGACUUGUCCCGCAUGGCGGAUGAUCCCUCUACAAUCGGAGCACUCCUGAUAGGGGCCUUAGUAUCUCUGUUUCUCUCUGGCGUUGUGUCCAUGCAGAGCAUUGUCUAUUAUCAAGUGUACCGCAGCGAUCGUCAAAUGAUCAAAUGCCUGGUUACUGCUAUAUGGAUACUCGACUUGGCGCAUUCUGGCUUCCUCUGCGGUACAGAUUGGAUCUAUCUAGUUUUGAAUCGAACCAAUGUCGACCCUGUAGCAGAGAUAUCGUGGACUGUUAUAGUAUCUGUGGCGUUGACGGCUACAAUGUCAUUUUUGGUCCACUCGUUCUAUACGCAUAGGUUAUGGAUGUUAAGCAACGGAAACCUGUACCUUAUUGUCCCCAUUGCUUCGCUGAACCUCCUUCGCAUUGCUGCAGGCUACGCCAGUAGCGCUGAGAUGGCAAGGAAGGAUACCUGGGAUACAUUUUUCCAUACAACGGGGUGGCUAUUCACUCUGGGCCUCGUCACCUCUUCAGUACUCGACCUUGUCGUUGGCCUCUCGUUGAUCCUGCUGUUGAGAAGGAAUCGAACCGGAUUUCAAAACAUGGAUCAGGUCAUCCGGACACUCACGCUUUUCACCAUUGAGACCGGGAUGCUUACGUCGGUUGCAAUGAUUGCUGCACUCGUUUGCUGGCUCUCUAUGCCUGACAACCUGAUAUUCCUGGCUUUAUACUUUACAAUCUGUCAUCUCUAUGCAAAUGCAUUCCUUGCGACGCUCAACGCAAGAAAAGCAAUACAGCAACGCUCUCGUGCCUCUUCGUCGAGCCUACGGCCUACCCCUCACGUCAUUGACAUAGUAAACCACCAGGUUUCCAGAGGCGAAACUAGCAGCGCUAGGGAUACUAUGCAAAGUGGUAGUUCGAGACAAGGAUUUCUUGCGAGUCUCCAGAAGGCUUUGCGCCGCAAUACAGACGAACUCAAGCCUCCAGACCGGACACUUCUGUAUUCCACACCAGCAGCACCAGCUGCACUUCACACUAUGUAAACACCCGCUCUACGUCUAUCAUCUCACUUGCAUCGGCACUCCGGGUAUAUGCAAUCUGCGACAUGUACAUACACAAAAUAAUGUGUACCGAAAACUUCUAUCCCUCAAAUGUCAUUUAUGCAGGAGCUGUAGUAGGAUCGGCUCCCCAUUCCUUGACAAUCUCCUUGGCCCUUUGUUCAGCCCACCGAU